UCAGACAUGGCAGUUUCGAGAGCGCUCGUCCUCGGCGUCCUGCUGGCGAUCGCCGUCGCCAAUGCCGAGGCAGCGUCCGUCGUGGUCGGCCAGGUCAAGUGCGCCGACUGCACCAGGAAGAACUUGAAGGCCGAGGAAGCCUUCAAGGAUCUUCAGGUGGCGAUCAAGUGCAAGAACGUCCACCGCGACUACGAGAGCAAGGCGGUGGGUGCCCUGGACCGCACCGGCGCCUUCAGCGUGCCCCUGGCUGCCGACCUCCAUGGCGCCGACUGCGUCGCGCAGCUCCACAGCGCUGCCUCCAACGCGUCGUGCUCCGGCCAGGAGCCAUCCAAGAUCGUGCCGAUGUCCGAGGGCACCACCUUCGGCAUCAUGGCCGGCGCCAACACUGCCACGCCGUCCGCGGCGUCGCCUGAGUGCGCGUCCAUGACCCUGUGCGGGCCGAUCAAGAAGCACAUCAUCGAGCACUUCCACCACAAGAAGCCCGUGCUGCCCAAGCCGGAGCCCAAGCCCCAGCCCCACCCGGACUACGGCCCCGUGCCCAAACCCGAGCCCAAGCCGCAGCCCCAGCCGGACUACCACCCCGUCCCUCCCACGCCCACCUAUGGCGGCAGCGGCGGCGGUGGAUACCACGGCCACCACUGAGUCUGGUCUGCCACUGUCCGGCUAAGCACCAAAAUCUCAUCACCGGUUACAUGAUCAGUGUCAGUGAGUGAUCGACGUUACUAUUUAUCAUCAGUUGCUUGCGUAGCCGCGUGGGUAUUCUUUGGUGGUCUUCUGCCAUUCGCUACCACGUUUUAGUAUCUGCACUGCAUAGUCGAGAGUUCAGAAUAACAUUUGUGAGGAACUUGUGUAUAAGAAGUUACUGUGAAUCAAGUAAUGUAAUCAAGUCCAU